AUGGUGGACAGACAAACCAUUCUAUUAGUCAUCAUUAUGGUGAUGCUAUUUACCUUGCCUCCAGGCUCAGAUCAACCAUUGGCCUCGGAGGAUAGGGCCGUUCUACAAAAAUUCAAGUCUAGCCUUAUUCAAAGCCGAAAGGAGGUGCUAGAUUCACAGUAUUGGCUAGGGUAUGGGAACCUUACAGGUCUAAAACUCUCUUAUCAAGACAAUCUUGAAAAGAAGAAUGUUCUGCUAUGGCCAUUUCGUGAAUACUCGAAAAAGAACCCUUGGCAGGAGAGGGAACAGGACAGUUUAUUACCGGAUGUGGUGAGUAAGCGAGUCAAGGAGAAUUGGGGAAAUGAUCCUGUGCUUUCUCAUGAUGAUCAUGCAUAUCCUCUCAACAUAUCCGGUCACUUGUACGGUGAUUUCGAUGUUGUAAAGCCCGACAAAGCUCUCAAACCCUUCCGCAUGAGGCUACCGAGGUAUUUGAAGGAUUACUACCUGCUUUAUAAGCAAGAGAAGUAUGAGGAAGAGAGACAAAGAUACGAGCUGGACCCGGAAUCAAACUCUCCUCCUCAGGAAAUAGAAGGCAGCAGAGAGAAGGCUGGCAACAUCACCACUUACAAGGAAGGUAUUAUAGAGCUUGAGCUACAUUCCUUGGGUUAUAACUUCAUGAACCCUGAGCUAGCCGACUUCGUAAAGCUGAAUCCAAAAUCCAAAAUUGAUGACUCAGUGGUGGUCACAAUGAGCAUGAGUUUGAAAGACUAUCCUGAGAAGCAUGAUGAUGAGUUCAAAAUGUUGGGAGUGUAUUAUCAGUCUACAGGCGCCUUAAUAGCUUCGACAAAGUCAGCAAAGUUUGAAGGCGGGCAUGCACUUCCUCACUUCACGAUGAAUGAGGAGAAUUUCAAUAUCUCUAAGGCUCUCAUGAGCCAAAUUGUAAAUGUUACCGACAUUGAACAAGAGGUAUCUAUUGAUGAUAUGAAUAACGCAAUUGAAAGAUCUCAGGAUCAGUGUGAGUACAUCUCGUACUUCCAGCUUGAGAGAACAGAUUUCACCAAAGAUCAGCUUCGAGCAAUAGAUGACGAGCUUCUCCUGCCACAGGGGGCGCCCAUACCAAAAAAGCUACCACAAUUGGAGAUCUCACAUGCAAUCGUAUAUUCACCAGAUUGUGGUAUACUUUUAGAGAACAAGAAAUCGGAGGUGUUUUCUGGUCUCCGUCUGGAGAUCUCAAAAACCAGAUCCCGUCAGAUGGCAAUAGGCGUCUUGCUUCUAGCUGUAAUUGAGCUCAAUCUUUUAUUGAGGCAAAUGAAACGUUGCAGAAGCCCGGGACAACUUUCUAAUGUUUCAUCAGUAACCGUGUCAUUGCUAGGUUUCUGGACGCUGGUGACACUCGUUUACUUCUUGUUGAGAUCUUUGCAGCAAAGUGAGUUAUACAUAUUAUUGACUUGCGUUUCUGUGAUAGCUUCGAUACUUUGUCUACACGAAAUGAGACUUUUGGUUGGUAUUUUCACUGCACAAGAGAACGAGAGAGGAACUAAUUGGUGGGAGAUUUUGAGAGGGUCGCUGGUGGAAGGCCAAAGCAAUAGAGAAGGUGAGGCUGCGCCGGCUGGUGGGGAUCAGCCCAACGAGGAGGCAGUGGCGGCACCUGUCCCAGCUACCACCGCCGCCACAGCGGCUCCACAAGUGAAUACGGUGCAGCAACUCUCUGAUGAGGCUCGCUACCCUAACAUGAUUUUCUUUGCUGGGUUUGCCUUGACAUGCAUAGCAAUGAUGUUGAUCUCGAGUAUUACAAGAUGGAGGAUUUCAUACAGAAGAACAGCUGAGUAUGUCAUCUUGAUAUUUUUCAAUUCCUACUGGGUUCCUCAAUUCUUCCGGAGCACAUUGAAAAACAGAGUUCGUGUGUUUCUGUGGGAGUAUGCCAUCGGUACGUCACUUGUUCGGUUUAUUCCUGUUUUCUACAUGUGCCUUGAUAAAAACAACGCAAUCCGUCACCAUUAUGAUCCUGUUAUGGCCGUGGUGGUAUUCAGCUGGAUUUUUACACAGCUCUUCUUCUUGUACUUGCAAGACUGUUUGGGUGCUAGGUUCUGGGUAAAGGAUAAGUGGUUACCUGAGCAGUACAACUAUCACCCAAUCAUCAGCAUCAAAGAUUUGGAAAGUGGAUUUUCGCUGGACAUUUUGGCCAACAUGAAGCCUCAGACUGCUGACAAGGACCUAGCAAUUUGUGAUAUAGAUUGUGCAAUUUGUAUGUCCACACUUCAGGUUCCUGUUGUCUCUGGAGAGGUUCUGUCGGUGUCCAAGAAAAAUGUUGAUAGCAUGAUGAAGGAAGUCAUGGUGACACCAUGUCGCCAUAUUUUCCACGGCAAGUGUUUGGAGGAUUGGAUGGUCUACAAGCUUCAGUGUCCGGUGUGUCGUUGCCCCUUGCCUCCGGUCUAA